GUUGUACGCCCUUCUGCCCUUUUUCAACUCUUCCUUCUUUUUCUUGUUUUUCUCUUUCAGCCCACUCUCUUUCUUUUUGCAGAUUUCCUCUCCUUCCUUUCAUUCUCGUCUUGCGUUGCCGUUUGUCUUCUUCCUGUCUUUGCAGUUAUCUUUUUGUGGGUUUUCUUUGUUUUUGCAUUGUUGCUGCUGCGUCUGCGCGAUUACUAGUGCCCCUCCAACCAUUUUGCCCGUCAACAAUAUCUACUACACGAGGGAAGAAAACAGAACAGAAGCUCGAUGUACGUACAGCCGAUUGGUCAGUCGAUCGGGCACCCUACGGGUCAGUACGUGGCGCAGCCCGUCAUGAACGCCGUUCCUCCGCCAAACGCGGUGUACCCUGUGAUGCCGCAGCAGUUCGUCUAUGCGCCGCAGAUGGUCAUGGCGCCGUACCCGAUGAUGUCCUCUGUGCAGGCCGCCGCGCCCAUGUAUUCCAUGGCACCUCCUCGCCAGCAGAAAAACAAGGGCAACGCCGUGCUCUUCGUUGGUCAGCUGAACUACGACGUGACCGAAAAAGACGUGCGCGAGCUGUUCUCCUACUACGGCCACGUCGUGAACGUCGUGUUGCUCAAGGACAGCAAACGCUUUGUAGGCAGCUCUGCCUUUGUGACCUUCCCCACGACCGCCGAGGCCGAUCUCGCUAUUAUGUCUCUGCACGGUCGCUGCUGCAUGGACAACCGCGAUAAGCCGUUGCAAGUGUCCUACUGCCAGAAAACGGACAUCAUCUCCGAUUUCGGCUACCGCCACGCACUGCAGCUGCACGCGGAGAACCCCGCCAACCCGAUCCCCAGCGUUGCGCCGACGCCCUCCGUUGCCUACGCUAUCAAGUUCGCGUAG